UCGACUUGCCUGACCGGAUGGUGGAAGUUUUGUUUUGUGAGUUUUCUAUCCGUUUCGUUUGGUUGACUUUGAGUAUUUUCGUGUUUAUAAGAACACGUUAUUGUAAUCCCACUAAAUUGGGAGUUACACAAUUUGUAAACAUCAUAUUUCCCUUUGACAGAGUGAAGACAGGGCGGCUUGAAAGUUGGAAUUCAACAUUUCGGAGUAACCCGAGCACCUUGCUAACUAGUAACGUUAACGUAGUAGGCUAACGUUAGUUCGGGAGGGGAGCCGUUCCAACGAAACCAUGGGGAACCGGGGGAUGGAAGAUUUGAUCCCCCUUAUCAACAAACUUCAGGACGCUUUCAGUUCCAUCGGCCAGAGUUGUAACUUGGAUUUACCGCAAAUUGCUGUGGUCGGUGGGCAGAGUGCUGGAAAAAGCUCGGUCUUGGAAAAUUUCGUUGGCAGGGAUUUUCUUCCUCGAGGAUCAGGCAUUGUCACCCGUAGACCUCUGAUCCUGCAGCUGUGCUUUAACAAAGCCGAGUAUGCAGAGUUUCUACACUGUAAAGGGAGGAAGUUUGUGGACUUUGAGGAGGUCCGGGCGGAGAUUGAGGCAGAGACAGACAGGAUCACAGGCUCCAACAAGGGCAUCUCCCCCAUCCCCAUCAACCUCCGGGUCUACUCCCCUAACGUGUUAAACCUGACUCUGAUCGACCUGCCGGGGAUGACUAAGGUGGCAGUGGGGGACCAGCCGCUGGACAUAGAGCACCAGAUCAGGGACAUGCUGCUGCAGUUCAUCACCAAGGAGAGCUGCCUCAUCCUGGCCGUCACCCCCGCCAACCAGGACCUGGCCAACUCCGACGCCCUCAAGAUUGCCAAAGAGGUGGACCCACAGGGUCUGCGCACUAUUGGCGUGAUCACAAAGCUGGACCUGAUGGACGAAGGGACGGAUGCUAAAGACAUCCUGGAGAACAAACUGCUACCUCUGCGUAGAGGUUAUAUUGGCGUGGUGAACCGCAGUCAGAAGGACAUAGAUGGCAGGAAGGACAUACGCGCUGCACUGGCUGCUGAGAGGAAGUUCUUCCUGUCUCACCCGGGCUACAGACACAUGGCCGAGCGCAUGGGCACCCCACACCUGCAGAAACAACUAAACCAGCAACUGACCAACCACAUCAGGGACACUCUGCCUGGGCUGCGCAGUAAGCUGCAGAGCCAGGUGCUCUCCCUGGAGAAAGAGGUGGAGGAGUACAAGAACUUCCGUCCCGACGACCCCACACGCAAGACCAAGGCCCUGCUGCAGAUGGUGCAGCAGUUUGGGGUGGACUUUGAGAAGCGUAUCGAGGGCUCUGGGGACCAGGUGGACACAGCAGAGUUGUCGGGUGGUGCCAAAAUCAACCGGAUCUUCCACGAGCGCUUCCCCUUCGAGCUGGUCAAGAUUGUGUUUGAUGAGAAGGAGUUGAGGAGGGAGAUCAGUCAUGCCAUCAAGAAUGUCCAUGGUGUCAGAACGGGGUUGUUCACCCCUGACCUGGCCUUCGAGGCCAUAGUCAAAAAGCAGAUCCUCAAACUGAAAGAGCCCAGCCUGAAAUGUGUGGAUCUGGUGGUGUCUGAGCUGACCGCGCUCGUCAUGAAGUGUUCCGUCAAGCUGGGUUCUUACCCCCGGCUGAGAGAGGAGACCGAGAGGAUCGUCACCACCUACGUCAGAGAGAGAGAGGGCAAGACCAAGGACCAGGUGAUGUUGCUGAUUGACAUUGAGCUGUCCUACAUCAACACCAACCACGAGGACUUUAUAGGCUUCGCCAAUCUUGACUUCAGAAGGCACGAUGAUGGUAGCCCACCAGGGUACGGCAACAACAGUGCCCAGCAGAGAAAUACACAUCAGAACAAGAAGAGGGCCAUUCCAAACCAGGGUGAGAUUCUGGUCAUCCGCAAAGGCUGGCUCACCAUCAACAUCAGCAUCAUGAAGGGAGGCUCCAAGGAGUACUGGUUCAUCCUGACCGCAGAGUCACUAUCCUGGUACAAGGAUGAGGAGGAGAAAGAGAAGAAGUACAUGCUUCCCCUAGAUAACCUCAAGCUGAGGGACGUGGAGAAAGGCUUCAUGUCCACCAAACACGUAUUUGGUGUCUUCAACACUGAAUCCAGCAGGAAUGUGUAUAAGGACCUGCGUCAGAUUGAGCUGGCCUGUGACACUCAGGAGGACGUGGACAGUUGGAAAGCCUCCUUCCUGAGGGCUGGGGUCUACCCUGAGAAGGACCAGGUGGACACUGAGGAUACGGCCCCAUCAGAAACCUUCUCCAUGGACCCCCAGCUGGAGAGGCAGGUGGAGACCAUCCGUAACCUGGUGGACUCCUACAUCGGCAUCGUCAACAAGUCCAUCAGGGACCUCAUGCCCAAGACCAUCAUGCACCUCAUGAUCAACAGCGCUAAGGACUUCAUCCACUCAGAGCUGCUGGCCUACCUGUACUCGUCAGGUGACCAAAACAGCCUGAUGGAGGAGUCAGCUGACCAGGCGCAGCGCCGCGACGAGAUGCUCCGCAUGUACCACGCCCUCAAGGAGGCACUGCACAUCAUCGGUGACAUCACCACCACCACCGUGACGGUCCCCGUGCCGCCGCCCGUCAAUGACAGCUGGAUGCAGGAAGCCAGUCCUACCCCCCAGCGCCGCCCCCCGGCCGCAGCAGCCCCUCCCCCAAGCCGUCCUCCUGCAGUGAGUGGCCCAAGGCCAGGACCACCCCUCAACCCCUCCCCAGCGUUUGGGGGGCCCCCCAUCCCUUCUCGCCCGGGCCCGCCGCCCAUUAACGCCUUUGGCAGCAACAACCAUCAGGACCCUUUCAGUGCCCCCCCACUGAUCCCCUCUCGGCCCGCUCGCAUCCCCCCUGGCGUGCCCAGCCGAAGACCCCCUGGCGCUCCUCACCGGCCCACCAUAAUCCGCCCUGCUGAGCCCUCCCUGCUAGACUAGACUACCCAGUAGAACCAGCCAGGCUCACCUGUGUGUGUGUGUGUGUGUGUGAGACUAUGUGUGUACUGAGGCCAGAGGGGAGGGCUAGAGAGCAGGGGAGGAGGGGCCCCUAUACAGUAUCUAUGCACAUUGAUAUAUGCUAUUUCAACCAGACUUAUCUAAUGUAGUCGACUCAAACUGUUCUCUGAUAUAAGCUGCUAACCCUCCCUUAGUCUCCUACACAUGUGGGCUCUCUGGUCUCCACAUUCUAAAGAAGCAAAGGAACCAUAACCACUUGAAUCCUCAGAAUCAGAAGAGAUGUAAUUACACUGUUUUGGAUAUUGUACCAUAUGUAUCAAAAGGUUCAUCAAGACUUAAUCGCUCACCUUUGACCAGCAGGGUGCAGAGUCACGGCGUCCGAUGUGGAUGGUUACAUGGAAGUGACCUGCCCCUAAGCGACCUAUUUUCUGUGGUAACAGAAUUGUUAAUUUCCUCUCUGAAAAUGUGGACUACAGCAUAGUCCACAACCUUUCUAAACGUAAAAGGCUAGCUACCCUCCCUCCCUCCAUCUUUAGACGUGUCCUCACCUCGUGCUCUACUACACCCGACACCUCUGUGUAAUAUACACAGACAUCCUGUUAGUUUUUUUGUGGUUUUUCUAACUUGAUUUCAUACGGGAAAAUAGUUAUUAUUACGACUACAGUGGCGUUGAUGAAUACUUUCUUGUUAUUUUAUUUGAGUGACUUGUCUGUUUUAAUACCCCCUGUAUGUAGCUUUAAAACCAGUCUCAAAUCACAGCAAAAGGCGGCAUAAAAAGACCAUUUAGCAGUGCAGGGCUACACAUGAGGCUGAGAGCAGCCUUCUAAAAUGUGCCCUUUAUUAUUGGAAUGUCCUGCCACCGCUGAGAAAAUGUCUAGAUUGACCACUUGAAGCACUUCUGUGUACAUCCAUACAUCCAGUGGUAGUGUUGAGGUUGUCAUUAAUUUAAGACUAUGCACAAUAAACAGAGAGAGAGUUGUCAGCACUUUGAGAUGAUUUCUCCACACAUCUUUAAGUAUAGAGUUAUCCCAGCACCUUAAGUCAACCUCACUGAGGCCUUAGCCAACCUUCAUUCAAAGUCCCAUUCAGGACAAGGACAGGUAAAGGGGAGAGUACAGUAGGUUCUCCUGGAGGAGGGUGGGGAGGCGGGAAAGGGAAGGGGGAGCUAUGUGGUUAGAGCUGGAGAGACGGCGGUUUAGGACCGACACUUCUUCCUGUCACAAUUCAAUGGUCAUUUGUCUUUAUGGACGAGAGAUCCUCCCGGUGUCUUGGAAACACCGUUGUACAUAGCUGAUGGACAGUCUCAGUACAGACACAGAGAUGGUGAUGUCUCCAGUUUUAAAAAGAAUGGAUGGAGAAUGAUGUCUAAUGGUGUUCAUUGAAAACCAAACAUUUUAAUGUGUAGUAAUCGUUAUACUAAUUGAAGCACUAACACACAGCCGUUAUAUUGACUUCGCUUGGGAUGUAGGGAAAUGUUGAGAUUUGUAAUCUCCAGAUCGCAUUAAUUCAUUAUUUAUAACCCUGGGCAUUUGUCAUGUAUGGUUUUGAUAGAAAUGAUGUCUGCUGUAUACUGCACCUUCAGCCUACUACUCCUCCUUUGGAAGGGAGACUGAACGUCUUUCUGGUAGUGACUUCCACUACAGGGUUCUAGUUGGAAUAACUGUUGCCACGGGGAGGGUUUAAAUAGGAGUGAAGAGUCUCUUCACAGAUGGGAUUUUCUACUGAUGAAUAUCAUUUGAUUCUGCUGAUGGUCAUUUGAUCAUUGAUUUUUGCUGGGUGAAUUUUGGGGUUGGGAUGGGGGGGGGUUUGGAGGGUGAGUGACAAAUGGACGACACUGAUGUUUUGAUUUUGUGAUAAAUAUUGAGGGUGAGCAGGGGCGGGAGUUCAACUUUUGUUGUUCUUUCUGGUGUACAUACACAUCCUGCCUGGAGAACCUGUCCAAACUAUAUAGAGCUCAGUCCAAUACCUUGUACCCCUUACAGAUUGUAGUACAGGUAGAGGGUGAAUUUGGUAGGAACUGUCUAAAACCAUAUUUUCUGGGCAGGAUGUGCUUUUCUUCCCAUACAUUUCCCAUCAGGUCUGUCUACAGUGACCGUGCUGCUAGUGGGUGUCUGACUCUGAUCUCAGCUAACUCUAACUAAAGCCUCUGUGAAAUGGAGUCUAUCCAUGCUCCAAAAGGUUUCAAUCUCUUGACCAAGUAUUGAACCCCUACUAGGAGGAAAUUGGGCUUACAUUUAUGCUGUCACUCUCUGAUGUUGAGUCUUAAGGGAAUCCAAAACGUCCCCUUCUUAUGAACCUGUCCCUCUCACCUGACAGUACCGGUCACUGUAGCCUGUCCACCUACACCCCAUCUCCUGAUCUGUAAAGUGUAAGAUGUUGGUGACGACCUUUUCUCCAUAAUGGAUGCCCCCCCCCCCCCCACACACACUCUCCAUGCUCUGUAUCUUUCAUCUUGUGGGUGGGGGGAACUGACCUGCAUCAAUCUUUCUUUAGUCUUUGCAAAGCCUUGUCAAGUGCCUCUAGUAAUUUCCUGGAUUUGAAUAAACAAAUGAACCCAUUUGGAACAUGAGCGCUAAAUAAAGAGGUGUUGUGUACAAUAAAGAGA